UGACGAAGAGUCGUGUAUGGAGGAUAUUAUAGAACCCAACUCGGAAUUGAAACUUAACAAUAGAUUAUUGGAAUUCAAUACUACAUAUUCUAUAGAAGUUAUGGCACACAAUUACAUGGGUGAUUCUGUUCCGGCUAAUUUAACGGUAUUAAUGACAGUGGACCUCAUCACAGCAGCGCCACUUCUCUCUGCCGGCGCCAUAAUCGGCAUAUCGGUGGUGAUGGUGUUCGUCUGCCUGCUGUUCCUGGACCUACUCCUGCUGAUGUGGCGGAAGCAGGGCAUCAUCGCCAGCUGCUGCAUCAGGAAGAAGAAGAAGAAGAGCAAAGCGGACGAGGGCUUGCGAGUUCGCGACAAAAAGGGCCUUUUGAGAGACACCCGCGAAGCGGACGAGGCCGAAAGGCACAAAGAGUUCGAAUACAACAAAACCACCGGGAUCAUCACGGGCCGACAUUCCGCCGUUUAAAUAUAGAUACAGUAAUGAUGGGAAAUGGACUGCUGAAUUAUCCGCGUGCCUUUGAUGCCAUACUGCGAGUUUAGAAAGCCUACCGGUGGAAGUGUGCUUGUGAUUAUUUCCAAUGUUAUAACUUAAGAUAAAAGAUCAAAUUCAUGAAAAUGUCAGCUCUAAUACAACCUUAUACUUGUAGCACACUUGUAGUGUUAAAUCAAAAAAUUUAAGCAACAUGAUGUGUGAAGUACGGACUGAAACACAUCGCAAUAUUCAGGUUUGUACUUUGGCGUUGUUAUUUAGAUUUUUUUGUAAAUGUUAUAGAUUUCAAUUUGUAUGUUCAGUUAUUCAGUCAAUUGACAGUGUAUUUUUUCAGCAACGAUCUUCUAUUUGCAACAUAUUCAUUAGAUAUGGUAGGAUCUCAUGACUACAGUAAAUGACACUAGCUCUAAGAUUUUAGUAUUUGUAACACUGACCAACUUUGUAAAGUACCUACGUCAUUAAAUAAUAAUUUUAUCCAUAUUGUAAAUAGUUAAAAUAACUCUUUACGUAUACCUAUCCAAGAUAAGUUUUUAUACAUUUUUAACUUUUGUUUAUCUAAACAAACGUUUAAUAGUAUUAUUUAUUUAUUAUUUAAAACUUUUUUGUUGUAAUAUUUAUAACCUCCUAUUUUAUAAUGUUAUACAAAAAACUAAAUCAUACAGAAGGAAAAAUAUAAUUAAUAGAUUUUACUUAGUAGGUAGAUACCCAAGUAUAUUGUCUAUAUUUUUUUCCUAGAUAAUGUCUUGUGAUAGCUUUUCAUGUUUAAUAUAGCCAAAGAUGCAAACAUUUUUGAAGUGUUAUUUAAAAAAGCCAUAAGAAAACCACAUAUAAUAUAAUUUAUUAUUAAGAAAAAAUGCAGAUAACUUACACUAAUAAGUACGCAUUUUGUAUGAAAAUCUAUUUGAGCAAAAGUAAUUUCGUUAUUUAUUUCACAUUUUUAAAGACAACAUUAUUUCUUUAGCUUUCAAUAUUGGCUGUAAAUAACACAAAGUAGUAUUAAUAUAAUAAAGUGAUUAAGUAUAUGAA